UCAGUGUCUUUCCCGUAGGUUCUACAGUUUUGCUGGAGUUGUCGAUGUGAGCGGUAGUUGAACGUACGGAAUGAGUUGCGCGAAAAACGUUUUUCCACAGACUUUGGACUCGCAAACAUAUGAACAGGGAAAGUCAGCUCCGUCUCUUAGCCACAAGAGUAAACGUUUUACUAAAGACGCACGUCGGAAGAAUAUAACAUUUUAGACCGUUAGCUACCAAGCUUCUUAUUCUCGUUUACGUUAUUUGGCGCAUAUAUAACGUUAGUGGCUAGCUAGCUGAUUAUCUUCGUAUGCUUUGUAGUUAACAUUAGUCAACUUACGUACUAGCUAAUGUUAUAUAAAAUAAUGGAAUGGGGCAAAUGGGCUUCUUUUCCUACCGAACGUCAAUGAAGAUAAGGAAUAACACAAUUCAGGCUGCUUCUAUGUGCCGACUGGACACAGACACAACCGGGAAGGAAGUUGACCAACCAGAUGAUGUCCUUUCUUCUUCAAGGUACAUGCUGGGCCGCGGCGUGAAGCGCAAGCGGAGCAGGAGCGAGGGUGAGGAGGAGAGGGUGCCGGGGCCCCAGGCUCCGGACAGGCAGCUGAUCCUGGACCUGUGCCUGAGCAAGCUGCACAGCUGCUACGCUCAAGCCGAGCCCAGCCUGCGCCGGUCCGUGCUGCUGACCAACACCCUGCGCCACAUCCAGGACCAGAUGAGGCAGGAGGGCGUGGACCCGCCGUCUGCCCCUGCCACCUCGCCCCCCCGGGCCCCCCCCACGCCCCGCCACAGCCCGCAGCUCCCGCCCGCCGACCCGCCGCUGGAGCCCCAGGGCCCUUCCUCCUCCUCCUCCGUGGACUCGCUCUUCGGCUCCUUCGAGAUCUCCAACUCCACCAGCUACCUGACGGACCUGGCGCUGGAUGACAUCUUCGAGGACAUCGACACCUCCAUGUACGACUCCACCGACUUCUCCACCCUGGCCUACCCGGACGAGGGCCUGAAGCCCCCCGCCUGCACCCCCGCCGGGGCCCUGCAGCUGUGUCUCGCAGACCUGAGCGAGCUUGACCACAUCAUGGAGGUCCUGGUGCGGUCCUGAGUGAACUUUGACCAGGCUACGGAGGUCCUGGUACGGUCCUGAGUGAACUUUGACCGUGCUACAGAGGUCCUGGUGCGGUCCUGAGUGAACUUUGACCAUGCUACGGAGGUCCUGGUGCGGUCCUGAGUGAGCUGGACCACAUCAUGGAGGUCCUGGUGCGGUUCUGAGUGAAUUUUGACCGUGUUACGCAGGUCCUGGUGCGGUUCUGAGUGAACUUCGACCCCGUCACGGCGGUCCUGGAGUGGUCCUGGGUGAACUCAAACAUGAACAGAGGAACUACCCCACUCCCUUUUUCCAUUUUUGCGUUUCGGGGACUGGGAAUAAGAAAUAGUUUUUAAAAUGGUAUAUUUAUAUUUUUAUACAGAGAACUCUAAAUAUAUUUAUGUAAAAAGUCAGUCGGUGCCUCCCAAAAACACACCUACUGUAGAAGUACGCUGAAAGUACGUUUUUCCAAGUUUGCAAGGAGCGCCAGUGCCAUUGUUUUCCUAAUGAACUGAAACGGACUGAAACAUACGAGCACUUAAGCAAACGAGAAGCAAAAAGCCUUUCCGUGGCUUCAACACGGAGACAGAACAAAACCGUUUACCCAAACUGGUGCUUGGAAGAAACAAUGAACACUGGAGCAGCCCUGCAACAAAAACUGUUUUUUUUUAUUAUACGUUAUUCUGGAAUGAAGCCUAUUUAUUUUUUGCGUGUUCGGAUUUUAGCUGACGGCGCAAUGCUUGUGAUGUGACAUCGUUCUACCUCUCGGUGAUCUGUAAGGGGCUUUCUCUCUCUCAGCCAGCUUUCGCUGUUUGUACAAAGACUGAGGCGGAUCGGGUGCUUUCGCGGACGUGCGUUUUUAAGAGCAGGGAAAAGCGCUCGAUUGUCAGCGAUUCCCAUCGGAAGCGGCUUGCCUGUUCCUACGCGGCAUAGUUACUGUUUUGUGUUUUUUAUAUAUACCUUUAAAAUCUUUCACAAGUGCAGAAUGACAUCUGCUGUCCCACACAAGCGUUUCUUUUUUUAUUGUCUCUACGGCAACCCCCUACAAAAUUGUGCCUAUGUGGAGUGGAGAAGACUGGUUAAGUCGAGCUGCAGAUUGUGGACUCCCAACAAGAACACACUGGUCUGUGGAACUUAAUGCGUUUGUUGUUAUUAUUGUUAUUAUUAUUAUUAUUAUUAUUAUUUUGAUCUAUGGUCAGUUGUGGUGUUUUGGUUUUGUUUUGUGCUUUUAAAAGCCAUCUUCUCUGGCGACGGCUCAAAUUCUUUGUCCCACAAUUCCACUGGCCUGGGAUUGGCUGGAACGACGAGUCGUGCGUUAUGGGCUGCCGUCACCAGACCCAGCUGGCCUUGAGCUCAGACAACGGCUUCAAACUCCCUUUCAAUGCAGUGCUCCUGUGUUCCUGUGCUGCAUACAGCGGCGUAUUUUUAUUAAAUAAGACACACUUCAGGUUAUGCCCAGUUGCAUUUUAACCGGUCAGGAACCGUGAUUCAAAAAGGUUUGUCCUUGUUUGUAUUGGAAAUGUUCACUUUUUGUAGGAGUUGAACUCUUAAAACAGGAGGGGGGAAGUCUUGUUUUGUAAAGGCAUAGUGCAAUAAAGGCUGUCUAGGGAUUUGAGGUAUGCUGGGGUCUAUGGAAGAGAUGUAAAGGACGGUCUGUAAAUGGUGACUUCUCUGCCAGACGUUCUGCUCGUCCUGCCUGUCUGUCUGUUUGUCUGUCUGUCUGUCUGUCUGUGUGUCUGUGUGCGUUCUGGAGAACAGACCCUCGCAGCUGGCCGGCUCUUUGUGCUGAUGCGGGGUUUGGAGCGGGGGGAGGGGGCUCCGGUCUCGUGGAAGGGCCUGUGAUGAGCGCGGCCGGCCUAUCGGGACGCUCGGCCGCAGACGCGGGAGGGGCCAAAGGCCAUCCGUCCUCCCCGCCCCCUCCCCCGCCUUUGUCAGGCUGGAAAAGCAAACGUUACUGCCGACGCAGUCCCACUCCAUGCUGCAUGGAAUAACAGGAUGCCCGGCGAGGCCCAGAUCGUCUUGUUUACUCCCAUUAUAUUUGUAAAAGAGAAUCCUCAGUAUCAUAAAGUGCAAGACAAGGAUUUUCCUCCUUUUAAUGAACUAAGAUUUAAAUGCAUUUUUGUUGAUAUAGCAGUGCCUGUAAGAGGUCGCUGUAAAACAUCUAAAGAAACUGCAGCAGUAGGGGCAGUGACUGCCAACCAAUCCACUGCGACAAAAUAUGUCCCCAUGUUGCGACUUCAUCGCAACUCCAACAUGCAGGCCUACCGAUUCUACAGCAAACAUUAGCCAGGGAUACCAUCAUGUGCACGCACCUGUUUUUGAGUGAGCCUCUAAGGCUCUUCAUACCCUUCACAGAUAAUGUUUCCGUAACCGGCAUAGCAAAAACCCAGACUCUAGGAGACCCUUUUCAGAUCCGCGGUCUGCUACAUCAGCCAGUAACUGGCAUGGAAUUGCGAGCGAACGGAGCUCCGUCUUGUGCAUUAGAUGAACACACUGUAGAGGUUUUGAGCUUUAUAAGCUUUUUUUGUUUUUGUAUAUAUUUGUAUUUAAAUACUUCAUAUGUGGUUGGUUUCGGAUCACGUAAGCAGUUUCAUUUUAUUUAAGAAUGAAAGGAAGAGACUCAAGCCAUGCACCUCACUCUAUUCUUGCUGUGUCCCUUUGGAUGAGUGAUUACAUGGCCCAAUAAACACAUGAUUUUAUUUAUUAUUUUCUGAGAUUGUUGUACCCGAUUUGAAUGUAUGGAUAUGUGCUGUAUUCCCUGGAGAGAUUCGAUGUCGCUGUUUUUGGCAGAAUGAAAAAUAAAUGGCUGAACCCUCCAUUGUGACCGCCACUCCGAAUAUCUGACAUGAUUCGUUAAGACGGUUCAAUUGAUGAAAAAGCCUCCCAUUUUACACCUUGGGAGUUUUCAGUGUGGAUUGAAAAUGGGUACCUAUUCCAAAACCCUUUGAUUUUACCUGUAUUUUUUCUGGAUGGUUGGCCAGUCAAAGAUCAGAUUGUAUAUUUAUGCAGUUGUACUGGUGAAGUUGUCUGUUGUAUGUGAAUUGAUUUGGCUGCUGGUCUAGAUGGCCAUGUGCUGCACGGGCCAUGUUUCGGUCCGUUUUUAAAGCGGCUGCAGCCAACGCUCAUCUUCGCUUCUGAGGACCACACAAUAAGUCAUUUCUUUUUCCUUCUGCCAAUAAUCUCCCCAAAAACUUCAGCUUGCCCUCCACCCCACCCCUUUCUAAUUCCACACAUCUCCUGUUCUUCCUAACAUGAGGCUCUCCGAAGCUGUUUCUAAGGUAACCAGCAGACCACUGGUUUCCUUCAGUAUUACCACUGAUCACUUGAUCGUUCCUGUUCCCUGUUCUAACUAUACAAAUGACAACCACUUCUACCCACAAACUAUGCCUAGAGCGAGGAUUUGCAAGUUGGGGAAUGUCCAUGGAUGAACAGAUGGGGCCAAUGGGCUUGUCUAGAGCCUACAGUUUGUUAUAUCAUGAAGUACUACUUGUGUGUAACCCUUUUGUGUCUUCAAUGGAAUGAUCUAAAAGCCAAAAAGUCCCAAAUGCCCCAAGUGCAAUAUAAACUUUUCUGUUAAGAAUUACAUUUUGUUGACCGAAACCCACCCCUUGAAGAAAUGACUAACCUGUGUAUAAUGACCAUUUGUCAGUGGUGAAUAAAAAAAAAAAAGAAAAAAAAAAAAACUAACAUGGACUUUUAAUAACAUUGUGUGGACAAUUUAUAUUUUAUUUUUUACAAAGAAUAUUUUGCUCUCCUGCUCUUUGCAUCUCAUUUUAACCCAAGGCUAUGUUUGUGUACUAUGCACGCCUGUGCAUAUGUAUCUUCUGUACAUAAUUUUAACAUCCUCGGUCAUCUUUAUAUUCUAUGCAAUACUGUUGUAGCAGGUCAGUAUAAUUAAAGUGGGAAAAUAA